CGGCCGGGAAUCAAAUCUGCCGCCGAGGACCAGGUCAUGGACUACCGGUGGGAUUUCCUAGUCCUGGACCUGCUACCUCCGGGACGUUCCACUAUUCUUGCGGUCGCAUUACCAAUUUUCGACUUGUCAGUGGCAGGUGUGCGCGCCUAUAUCCUGAGUUGUAUCGUACUUUAUCUCAAAGCUCUAGAGACUAGGAUCUCGUUCAGUCACGGUCCAGCCACACGCAGCUGAUUUUGGAUCGUCAACCCUUAAAGUUCCUAGCUUGGCGAGCAUCGUCUUCACCUGUUGGCAGUACUACUAGUAACCCUUCAGCCGUUGACCAGCCCCUGAACUAGUAGGGGGCGACAUGAGACAAGAUGCUGUCAGAAAGGCUCAUUGAAACCCUUGCGCUGGUGAAGCUGCAGGCGGUCAUCGCCGACGCGGGUCUUCUCAAUGUCGUCCUCGGGGUACUAGCCGUCGUGGCGGUUGCCAUCGCGGCCGACUACGCGUGGAUGCUCUACAUGAGGUCCAGGAUGCCGCCAGGGCCCUUCCCGCUGCCCAUCGUCGGCAACACAUUCUCGCUGCCCGACAACAAGCCCUGGAUCUACUUCGAGCAGCUGUCCAAGAAAUACAACACGCCGCUCAUCACCUUCUGGAUCGGCCGAAACCCGACGGUGUGGAUCAACGACGCAUGGUGCGCGCACGACAUGUUCGAGAAGAAGGCGCAGAUCUACGCGUCGCGGCCGCGCAUGGUGGUCUUCGGCGAGCUCGGGUCGGGCCAGGCGAACCUGGUGACCAUGCAGAUCCGCAACCAGCAGGAGCGCGACCACUGGCGCCUGCACCGCAAGCUGAUGCACAUCGGCGUCGGCGUGCAGUCGAUCCGCGGCUACCGCGACAUCCAGAACAACGAGAGCAAGGUGGUCGCGUACGACUUCCUGCGCGAGCCGGCCGAGUUCGUCAAGCACCUGGAGCGCUAUGCGACGAGUGUGGUGUCCAUCAUUGCCUUUGGCCGCCGCGUGGCCAGCUACAACGAUCCUAUUAUUACCGAGGUCAUUGCGCUCAUGCAGUUGGCCGCUGAUCUCAACGUGCCCGGGAAGUCGUUCCCAAUGUUGCUGGAGACUUUCCCUUUCCUCGCCAAAUUCCCCCGCUUCAUGCCCUGGUUCAAGGGCCUCGGCACCCGCGGCCAAAAGGGAGGCCACUACUUCUUCUACACGCUCGCGCAAGAAGCCAUCGAGCAAUACGCCCAAAAGUCUCCCUCGGAACAAGCGUCAAUGCCAACGCCCUACGUCAAGACCCUCUUCGAAGAAGCCGAAAAAUACAACCUCCCCGUAGCCGAACUGUCGGGCCUCACAGGCAACCUCUUCGGCGCCGGGUCCGACACGUCCUCCUCGACGCUGAUCACCUUCAUCCUAGCAUGCUGCGCCUUCCCAGAAGCCAUGCACAAGGCGCAGCGCGAAAUCGACAGGGUCAUCGGCCCCAACCGCUCGCCGCACUGGGACGACUCCCCCCAACUGCCCUAUAUCAACGCAUUCGUGAAGGAGGUGCUCCGCUGGCGCAGCGUGGCCAUCAUCGGCGGGCAGCCGCACUCGCCGACGCAGGACGACACCUACAACGGCUGGCUCAUCCCGCGCGGCGCCUGGGUGCAGGGCAACGUGUGGGCCAUCCACCACCACGAGCGCGAGUUCCCGGACCCGGACCGCUUCCUGCCGGACCGUUACCUCGACGGCCACGAGUACCGGCGGCCCUUUCCCGGGGACAGGGGGUACAUGACCUUCGGCUGGGGCCGGCGCGUGUGCAGCGGGCAGGCGCUGGCCGAGCAGGGCACGUGGAUUACCGUGGCGAGGCUGCUGUGGGGGUUUGAUAUUCGCAAGGCGAGGGAUCCGAAGACUGGGUUGGAGAAGGAGGUGGAUAUCUUUGCGUUUACGAACGGGUUGAAUAUGAGGCCGCAGCCGUUUCCCUGCGAGAUUGUGCCGCGGAGUGAGGAGAUCAGGGAGGCGAUCCUGAGGGAGGGCAGGCAGGCGCUGCAGGACCUGAGGGUGCAUGAUGGCGAGAGCAAGUACAGGAUGAGUACCUUCUACCAGCAGCAGAAGCGGAAGCUGAAGGAGGAGCCCGUGCUGGAUGAGCAUGGGAAUGUCAAGUUUGUUAAGGUGAAGGCGGUUUGAUGGAAACAAGUUAGAGGGGGUGAGGGGGUGGGUGGAGUGGAGGUGGUUGUUGCGAGGAUGUCAACUUAAGGCGUGUUGAUAUCUGAGUACCUACUUUAUGGUCAUGAUGGUAUGGUUGCAUGAUGUGGGAGGCCAUUGCAUGAGUACUAGUACGUACGGUACUACUAGUAGGAUUGUUAGGAUCAUCUGGAGUUUGUUUAAAGUGAUUUCAGGCUUAACAAUGGCCUGGGGAGGAAAGUCUAAGUUGAUACGGACCCAGAAAAAGUUUGCUAACAAAUUAAGAUCUCAAUG